GCAAGCAGUCAGCAGAUACCUAAUGAUGCUGGGGAGGUUUUUGGGGUCAGAACAGAAGCACCAAGCUGCUCGUGUCACAGACCCUGCACUCUAUACUGAGACCAUGUACAGCUUGAACCGCUUGUCUGCCCCAGCAGGAUCACAGCCCGCCAUGAGGGGCUAUCUCAUCUUCAUUUUCAUGAGUGCCACAGGUGUUGCUCUGGAACAAUCUCACACAAAGUUGAAAAUACUAGACGAGAUCUCCAUUCCUUACCUGGUCUAUCUGCAGGCCAGCCCGGAGCCCUGUGUGGGGUCUCUCAUUCAUCCCGAAUGGAUCUUGACAGCCGCUCACUGUUCCUUACCUAAGGCAAUUCGACUGGGAGUUCAUCAACCUAGCAUCAAAAAUAAGAAAGAGCAGUCGCGGAAUUACUCAUUGGCUGUGACUCACCCUGAAUUUGAUGAAAAAACCCUGAAAAAUGACCUUAUGUUGCUAAAACUCUCCAGGGAUGCUGGUAUCACUAACUAUGUGGGAACUAUAGCCAUAGCUCUGGAACCUGUGCCAUUUAAUGAUUCCUGCUUUAUUCCAACCUGGACCUGGAAUGACUAUAAAAACUUCACUGACCCUGAUAACCUGAUGUGGAUAAACCAACAUGUUCUCCCUUCCCAUGACUGCCUGAAUAUGCUUCUGCAACAAGAGCAAAGAACCUCAGUGAACAUCAUGUGUGUAGGACAACCUCUCAUUGUCCUAUCUAAAAUUAAGGAAGUUUCGGCGGCUCCAGCCAUCUGCAGUGGGAGAGUGCACGGAAUCUUGUCCUGGACCAAAGGAGCUCUCACCCUGGGAAGUGAGGGAUUCUUCACAGAGGUUCAUCCUUAUGCAAGAUGGAUCCUGGAAAUCAUGAAUACCCGCUGAGAUGCCCCCUCAAAGUAAUGUCUGCAUUUCUACACUAGAUCCACAGCUUUUUUCAUCUUAUUUAUUCUUGAGCAAACUCUGAGGUGAAAACAUCCAAUAAAAAAGACAUCCAACA